GUCAUGUCAUGGAAGCUGCUGAGCAUUAUGAAGCAUUUUAUCAGCUAACAGAGGGUUCACUGUGGAAGGAUGUGACAGGCCAUACUUACAAUUCACUGGCGUGUGAGCAUCUCUGGAGAAUUUAUACAUUACUAGCAGACAAAAUGCUAGAAAAUGAAGAGCACCAACAGGCCAUCAAGACUCUAAAAAAAGCUUUAAAGAUGGCAAAAGAAGGAGGUAAUAUGAAAAUGGAAGGAGAAGCUUCAUAUUGCUUAAGUUUAGCAUAUCAUUUUUCUGGAGAACAAGAGACAGCAUUAUCAAUUUUGAACACCUCUAUAGAAAUCUUCACAACACUCGGUGAUUCUGCUGGCCUAGGCAGAACAUAUGCAGCUGUAGCUGAGAUCCUGGCAAGUCAGGGAAAAUCGACCGAAACCACGAAGUACUUAGGGGAGUUUAUGAAGGAUGCUGUGAAUGCUCAUCUAAGCCAAAGCCUGGUGGAUGCAGGUGUCUUACUUGGGAAUAUUCACAAUGAAAGAGGGAACUACACUGAAGCUUCUGCGUAUUUCAGUCAGGCUUCCGAGGCAGCAAAAACUUCCAACAAUUUGCCUUCAGUGGAUCAAACAAAGGCUUACUGUGGCAUUGCAAAUGCUCACAAGCUGCUGGUGGAAUUUACUGGGCAUGUAGGAGCAGAAGAUGCUGUCAGCUUCAAGUACCUGCUGGCAUGGAAGCAAAACAGAAGUGACAUGUGCGCUGACCCUCUUCCAGUCG